AUGCCUACCUUUCAGACCCUCCCAGUUGAGCUUCAAAUGCUUAUCAUGUCCAACAUUCACCUGAAUGAGAUCGAGAACUUCACGCUAUGUACGAAAUUCGUCCACCAGCUUUGCAAGGAGAGACUGAUGGAACAGUAUGCCAGAAAGCGUUACUUUUUCACGAUUGCGGUUGGGCAUAUCGACAACAACACCUGGGACGGAGACCCACAGAUCAGAGGUGUUCACCCUUUUCCGAUACUGCGAGAUCUACUUGCAGAUCCUCAGACAUGGCUUCACGCCGAAACUCUGAUCGUUGGACGCUUGGAAGAACCCAGUGCUGAUGGCUUCGGUGAUCAGGAAGAAGCCGAACUCGAUGAGUUCGGACUCCGAGACGUAGUGGCGCAAUUUAAACGCAACACGUGGCUCCUGUGCAAAGAGUUUGAGAAAGGCUUCAUUGAUCCCUCAAAGGUGACAAGUCUCGAAUUCUACCAAAGCGCCAUCGACGCAGCGCUUUUUUCAAUUACACUCUGGUCAAUUAAAGGCCUGAAGAGAUUCGUAUACAGUUUCUGGGCUAGCCCUCCUCUGGACGAUGCGCAGUGGGAGCUGCGCCAGAUCGUUGGAUAUUUGGAGGCCUACACCCGAAAGACUCUCUGCCAUCUCGAACUUACUGGUUCUUCGGACGUGCAACGUGCUGAGAACCUCUUCUUCGAGAAGGGUGAACCUUGCAUCGGUAGCCUGUGCGCGUUUGAGGUCUCAAAAAGGAUCAGACUGGAAACGAUGACGCUGUACAAAGAGAUCGAAGGCGCUGACUCCUGUACUGGAGAAAAGGAAGACAUAAUUUACGUAGAGCCGGGAGCAGAUCUACUCGUCGAGCCAGAGCGUGUUGUGGAUACUCUGUCAGCGUUGACAUGUCGAGGGGGGCUGGUGGGUGGUCUAUCGAACGAGGAUGCCAUUGCGAUGCUUGAAGACUUGCCAGCAAGAGAUAGACCGCCGAAGAUGAACCUAUAA